CUCUCUUCCUACUCUCGUGUGCAGUUGGGUACAAAACCGUAACAGCUCAUAUCACUCUGUGCCUAAGAUGAAUGUCGAGAAAUACGUCAUUACUGGAGGAGGAGGAUAUUUUGGCUUCCGUCUUGCUCACUCUCUCAGCAAGAAGUCUUUCAGAGUGGUCCUGUUUGAUGUGAAGCCACCCAGUGAAGCAUUACCUGAGGGCGUUGAGUUCAUCCAGGGUGAUAUCCGGGAAUUCAAACAGGUGGUAAACGCGUUGCGUGGCGCAGACUGCAUUUUUCACAUUGCGUCGUAUGGGAUGUCUGGGAGAGAGCAACUCAACAGGAAGCUGAUUGAAGAGGUGAACGUUCAGGGGACGGAAAACGUUAUCCAGGCGUGUGUGGAUCUCCAGGUUCCUCGACUGGUAUACACAAGCACCUUUAACGUAGUCUUCGGUGGCCAGGUCAUAAAGAACGGUGACGAGACACUUCCUUAUCUGCCAUUACACCUUCAUCCGGACCACUACUCCAGGACCAAGUCGCUGGCGGAAACACGGGUGCUAAAAGUUAACGGAUUGCCUCUAGCGGGUGGAGGUGGGGUCUUGCACACUUGUGCACUUCGUCCAGCUGGGAUCUACGGCCCAGGAGAGGAGAGACAUCUUCCAAGGAUUGUAGGAUACAUCGAGCGUGGCUUCUUUAGGGUUGUGUAUGGAGGUGCUGAGAGUCUAGUGGAGUUUGUCCAUGUCGAUAACCUAGUCAGUGCACACGAACUGGCUGCAGAAGCUCUGACAGAUAAACGUCAGCACCGUGCAGACGGACAGGCUUACUUCAUCUCAGACGGCCGGCCCAUCAACAACUUUGAAUUCUUUAGGCCAUUAGUUGAAGGUCUGGGUUACACUUUCCCCAAGCUUCGGCUUCCGGUUUCUCUCGUAUACUUCUUUGCAUUUCUCACAGAGAUGCUUCACAGCGUCAUCGGCCGUGUCUACAAUUUCCAACCUCUCCUGACACGUGCUGAAGUUUACAAAACCGGAGUCACACAUUAUUUCAGCAUGGAGAAAGCCAGGGCCGAACUCGGUUACAACCCCAAGGAGUACGACCUGGGAGAAGUGGUGGAGUGGUUCAGGAGCAGAGGGCAUGGGAAAAAGCAAAUCACUUCACCCAUUAAACAGCUCAUACUGGAUGUGGUGUUGUUUCUUAUGAUUGUGGCAUUGGUUCUGUCUUUCCUGCCAGUCGUGGGUCAAUAAAGUUCCAAAGCACAGCUUCUAGUAUGUCCAGUUAAAUUUUUCGAGAGAUUAGAUCUUCAAAAAUUCAGCAUAAACAUUAUAUUCUGUGGAAGAAAAACAUUUUCUUGGAAAACUUAACAUGAGCUAAAAAUAGUUCUGUUCUCAGGAAUGUUUCAGAAAUACCAAAAACAAGCAUUGGUUCAACGUUUCAGGAACCAAUCGCUGUUAAAUGACGCAUGCUUAUUAAUUUCUUUUGACCAAUCAGAACUCAGUAUGGUUAAUAUUUUAUGUAGUGCCCAUCUCAUCUCAUGACUGAAUACACAGCACUGUGUCACACACACCACCUUAUAUUUUUAUAAUAACUGAAGAACUGAACAUCCUUAUGAAACAAGUCACAUGACAAAAACUUGACCAAUCACUGUAACAAAUCUCCUGUAUUAAGGGUUACAUUUUUUUUUUGUAAUCAUUAAAGUAUCUACAUUCGACCAUUCA